AUGACUGCUGAACUGACAGCAAUCAUGCUAGCAUUACAAUGGAUAGAGGACUAUCUCCCAGUUUCUGUGCAAGACGUUUCGAAUGCUUUUGAUGACAGUGAUGCUGUUCACAAGCUUGGUCCGUUGGCGGAGCGGUCGUCCGGUUACAAGAGCUGGUUGCUUGGAGUUUUGCAGGGUCACAAAUGUGAUCGCGUUCUUGACGUAGCAUGUGGAACAGGUGUGGACUCUUUAUUCCUGCUCGAGCAGGGAAUGGAGGUUGUUAGCUGUGAUGAUGCUGAAGCGAUGCUCUCCUACGCCAGAGCUGAAAAGGAACGUCUUGGACUUAAAGACUGGGAGGUAAAGCGGGCUAACUGGCUGACCUUACCGGAAGAUAUCCCGGAGCAAGGUCAAUUUGACGCCGUACUUUGCUUGGGAAGCUCGAUUUUACACCAUGAUAAACUGCCUGAGCUCGCCCUCUAUCGGAAAUGUUUGACCAACUUCAAGAAGUUUCUUAAACCUGGUGGCUUGCUGCUGAUUGAUCACAGAAACAUAGAUUCUAUGCUUGAUCGAGGGAUUGUCGUGAAUAAGAACGUUUAUCAUGCGGAGGACACACUACCAGGCGUAAGUACGAAAACUAUCACCGAAGAGGGCGUCACAUUGCGAGUCGAUAUUAUUUACGAUAUGCUGAUGAAAGAGGGAGAUACUGCUACCAACAACGACAAAAUAGAAAAGGUAAUCAUGCCGUUAGCACCGAUCCACGUUCACAAGUUUUCUGCGUUACUCAGGGAGAUGUUCGGACCGAAAUACGAAUACACUCUGUACGGCGAUCUGCAACGACUGGACAACGGGAACACAGAAAAUGUAGCCUAUUUUCAACACGUUGUACACGAAUAGACUAGUUUAGA